AUUUACAGAAGAAUUGUUGGGUGUUUUUCAAGAAGCUUCUUUGGUAGCUGAAGCUAACAACGAUUUAAAAGAACUUGUCGACUUACUUGAUGAUUCUAAUAUUGAAUAUGAAGAUCAACAAUUAUUGUUAGACGAUUUAAUAAUUCAAAUAGUGAAAAAAUGA